AUGGCACCUAAAGCACCUAAAGAUCCUAAUGCAGCUAAAGCACGCAAAGCAGCUAAUGCAUCUAAAGCUCUUAAGCAACCUAUAAUACCCCCCAGCAUGAAGUUGGUUCAUUGUUUGUGUCUUUCUCGAAUAUUCACCAAUGAUCAAGACUCCAUUAGUUUCAAAAUUUUUGGCCAUGAUGUUUCCUUUACCCUUGAAGACUUUCAAAUUAUGUGCGGUUUGCGGAUCACAACACAUAAUAUUGAAAAACCAAUUAAUCGAGAGAGCAAUAUUCUGAAGCGCUAUUUUGGUAAGUCCAAGGGUGUGACCUUGAAGGAUAUUCAAGAUUUUAUAACUCGGAAUGAAAUUCCAAAGAAUGCUGUGAAUCACAAUCACGUAUGCGAGAGUGAUGAUGAUGUUGUGAAGCUUAUGGAAAUUCUUGUUGUAGAGUCUAUUUUGUUUGGGAAAAAGACUGAAUCAUCUGUGAUGGAGCAAUAUAUAGCUAUUGUUGAAGAUGAUAAGGUUUGUGCUGAAUAUCCUUGGGGUAAUGUGUGUUAUGAGAAGCUCAUUUACUCACUGAAACAUGCAUUGGACAAGCAGAACAAAAUUCAUUCAACUGAGUAUAAAGUUGGUGGAUUUCCAUAUCCGUUAUGUGCUUGGUUCUAUGAACGCUUCCCAGAUAUUCGGGAGAAGUAUAUAAGAGAGGAUGAGUACCUUGAUACCCUUUCAGGUUCCUAG